AGAGCAGCUGCUGCCUGCUAGGGGCCCCGCCCAGGUAUGUGCCUCUCCCACUUCUUCCCCUGCAGCUCGAAGCUUGCCAGUCAGGAGACAGACCAAGAAAGACUGUGCCAAAGGUGGGUGGGAGCCUUAGGGCCUAGGGCCGCGAGAGGGAGGAGAGGCGGCCAGACUGGAAUUUAAGUGACUAGGCCAGGAGGAGCGCGUGGGGGAGCUGGGCCCCGGCACUGGCCUGAGACCCUGGGAUCUUCCUCCCGGGGCUGGGGGCCGGACCUGCUGGGCCGGGCCACCCCUCCCACACCCACUCCAGCACCUGGGGCCGACCUAUCGGCUGGCGUCUCCGCCUCCUCCGCUUCUGGGCCUCGCAGCUCGUCCCAGCCCACCCGGGCCAGUGCUCGGCCGCCCGCCGGACAGCGCCGAGCUCCCAGCCCGGCCCCGGAGGAGGCCCGGAGCUAUGGACGUGCUGGUGCUGGCCGGAUACCGCGCGCAGGAGGAGGGCGAGCUGAGCGUGGCGCCCGGGGACGUGGUGCGGCAGGUGUGCGAGGGGCCCGCGCGGGGCUGGCUGCGCGGACAGCUGGGGGGUCGCUGGGGUCUCUUCCCCGAGCGCUCGGUGCAGGAGAUCCCGGAGUCUCUGCGCGGCGCGGGAGGGGCGCCGAGCCCGCGCUGUGCGCGCCGCCGAGGUCGCCCCGCCAAGCCUCGGGGCCCCCAACGAUGGUGCAAGGUGAGCUUCAGCUACAGCCCGGAGCAGGCGGACGAGCUGCAGCUGCAAGCUGGGGAGAUUGUGGAAGUGAUAAAGGAGAUUGAGGACGGCUGGUGGCUGGGGAAGAAGAACGGGCAGCUGGGAGCCUUCCCAUCCAACUUUGUGGAGUUGCUGGACAGUGGGCCCCCAAGCCUCGGGAGCCCGGACAUGCCUGCAGUCGGCCCUGGACCCCAGCGGCCGCCCAAGCUGAGCAGUCUGACCUAUGACAGCCCUCCAGACUACCUGCGGACAGUCUCCCGCCCUGAGAUCUACAGAGUCCUGUUUGACUACCAGCCUGAGGCCCCGGAUGAGUUGGCGCUGCGGAGGGGGGACGAGGUGAAAGUCCUGAGGAAGACCACAGAGGACAAGGGCUGGUGGGAAGGAGAGUCUCAUGGCCGAAGAGGCGUCUUCCCAGACAACUUUGUGCUCCCCCCGCCCCCAAUCAAGAAGCUGACCCCACGGAAAGUGGCGUCUCGGGCAUCAGCUCCCCAGUGGUGCAGGACGAUAGGUCCCUCAGCGGGCACCUCUGCGAGCGUUAAGGACCCGGUAGUCCCCUCUGCAAGGACAGGGCCAGCAACUGUUGGACGGAUGGAUGCCACACUCCCUUCUCCCCUCCCAGCUAAGGAACCAAAAAAGAUGAUGGCCAAAUCAGCCCUCCCUACAGUCAGGAAGCUGGUGACAGCCCCCAGUGGACCCAGUAAAGCCAAGCCCUCUUGGACACCCGGCGGAGACAGUCAGAAGCGCCCCUCUCGAGACCUGGGCUCUGGGAGCAGCUUCCUCAGCGGGGGUCCGGGCCACCCUGGUAGAAAAGGAUCGAAAACCCACGCUCCUCGGCAGCGCUCUGCAGCUAGUCAGGAGGAAGAGCAGAACAGCCUAGCAAAGGCCUCUCCUGUGAAUAAAACCUCCACUCCAGACAAGACCCCCAGCCCAGAGAAGACUCUAUCUCCGGAUAAGGCCUCCACUCCAGAGGAAGCCCUGACUCCGGAGAAGGCCCCCAUCUCAGAGGGAUCCCUGACUCUAGAGUUCAAGGUCCCAGCCCCAGAGAACCCCACCCCAGAAGAGGGCCUGACCCUGGGCAAGGCCCCCAGCCCAGACAGCGUCAUUUCUGGGGAGGAGGCCCCUGUCCCUGAACUCCCACCGGAGGAUGAAGUCCCUGGCCCAAAGACGGUCCCUCCUGGGGAUGAGGCACCCACCCUAGGGAAGGUCUUGACCCCUGAGCAGGUGCUCUCUCAAGAGGCCUCCACCAGGGACAUCACUCAGUUCCACUGCUUCUCUCUGGAGCAAGCCCUGCUGCCGUUCAAGUCUCUUGUGGCCAAUGAAGCUCAGUCCCAAGGGGUCCACACGCCAGAGGAGCCCCAUCUCCAUCAGAGGGGCAGCUCCCCAUUCCAGUCUGAGUCUGAGUGCAAGUCAGGGUCCGUGCCUGCCCUUGCGAAGGCGACAACCCCCCUGGAGAAGGCACCUGGGGAGCAUGAGGGGACCCAGGAAGAGGCAGUACUCCCCAAAGAGGAGGUGUCCCCCAAAGAGGCAGCCCCUGCUCAAAAGAAUCCUCAAGCUGUCAAGGCGACUCCAGACCCCCAAGAGGCUCCCGCCCUACUUUCCCUGUCUCCGCAAAAUCUCACGGACAGCAAAAGUGACAGAGGCGACAUAACGAGGCUCCAGGACGAGUUGGAGUCUUUGAGGAGGUCGCUGGAGCGGAUGGGGGUGCAGCUGGAGAGGAAGCUCGCCGACCUCUGGGAGGAGCUGAAGAGCGAGAAGGAGAAGCGCCUGUCGCUGGAGGUGCGGAUGCAGCGGGGGACUCAGGAGUCCCGGACGCGGGGCUCCAUCCACGCGCAGACGCAGACGCACUGAGGGGGGGCCCGGGAGGGACUGCGGCGGGGCCUGGGGGCGAGUCGGGCUGCGGCCACCCACGUCCUGGCACACGACUCCGAGAAACG